AGGAUUGCUACAGAAUGUAUAUAUGUAUGUAUUGCUAUUAACGAGAAGUGUAUAUAAGUGUAUAAGUGUAUAACGGUAAACUGUUGUUAGUAUAAGUCGGUGUUGUUGCUUGUUGUCGGUUCUGGCUCUCUCUCUCUCUUGUGCUCUCAUCGCUCUCAUGCUCUUUCAGCGAAUUAUGAGGGUUGAUGCAGAUCGCGUGGGAUGAGAGCGGAGUCAGUCGAACAGCAGCAGCGAUCCGAAGCGGACAUAUUCUAAUAAAUAAAACAAAGCGAAAUAUAGCCGGCAAAGGUGUUCUUCUUCGGGGAAUAUUUAUUAUAACCCUACAAAAUCAGAAGUGGGCCGAUCUUGUGCCAAAUAAACAAUUAAAAACAAUUAAAUAAAACGAAAAUGGACGUUAGCAACGCAUCAAUUGCACAAUUAAAAAAGUGGUUGAGUGUGUUACAACUACCAACAACAGGAACAAAGCGCGAAUUAAUAUUGCGUUUAAGCAAAAUGUCAACGGAGUCGAGUAAUUAUCUGGAAUUAAUUAAUCAUCAAGACGAAGACGGCGAUGGAAGCAACGUUGAAGACGAAGAUGAGGAAGAUUUGGACUUAGAAAACAACGGAAAUGAAAACGAUAAUGACGACGAAGCUGGAGGUGAAGGAAACGACAAAGCUGGAGGUGAAGGAAACGACAAAGCUGGAGGUGAAGGAAAAAUUGGCGGUAAAAAUGAGAGCAAAGUUGGCGGCGAUCAAAGCAGAAAAGACGGGGACAAAAGGAGCAACAAAGAUGGAGACGGGAGCAGCAGCAAAGACGGCGGCGAAAACAACAACGACGACGGCGGCGAGGGAGAAGACAAAGUUGAAAAGUGUGCAUGCAAGGACAGGAAUAAAGCCAGCAGCAGCAACGCAAAAGCAGGCGCCAAAGAAGAGGUGGAAAAAGGCAAUGCUGAGAAGUCGAAGUUCUUGGAAUUUUGCAACCCAAGCGUCGACGUUUCGUUGGGCAUGGCAACACAAGUUGUGCCUGAAUUUUCGGGUGAAACUUGCGCACGAAAAUGGAUUACGCAAAUGAAAAAUAUUGCAACCAUUUAUGGAAUUGGUGGACAAUAUAUUAAGAUGUUGAUGAUUAGCAAAAUCAAAGGAAAAGCAAACGUGUGGCUACAUGCAAACCCUGAGCGCAUUAUGCUACCGUUGGAGGAGUUAAUCGCUGAGCUAAUUUCGAUGUUUUCGGAUAAAGUCUCGAAGUUAGAGGCAAGGCGUCAAUUCGAGAACCGUAAAUGGAGUUCCGGUGAAAGUUUUGGAAGCUACGUGGAUGACAAGGUGAUGCUUGGUCAGAGAAUCAGCAUAGAGGCAGAAGAAAUGAUAAGUCGCAUCAUUGAAGGAAUUCCGAAUCAAGGGCUGCGAAAUCAAGCACAUAUUCAGUGCUUUGAAAAUGUUGCGCUUAUCAAACGUGCAUUUGCGGAAGUGGAGUUGCCUAAGUCUUAUGGUGACAGGAAGGAGACAGCAGUGAACAAGGACGAGAAGGACAGCAAGGACACGCGUUGUUAUAAUUGCAAUGCUAAAGGACAUUGGGCGCAGGAGUGCAGGAAGCCAAGACGUGAGAAAGGUUCGUGCUAUGCAUGCGGCGAAAUGGGACAUUUUGUGGCGAAGUGUCAGAAAAACAAAAUUAAGAACGAGGGCGAGAACAAUUAUAAUGCCUCAUAGAUACAGGAAGCCCAAUUUCAUUUAUUAAAAUUUCUAAAGUACCCGAAGAUACUUGUAAAAUACCAGUUUUAAGUUCAUAUCAUGGAAUAAAUGAAAGUUGUUUAGAAACUUAUGGCAGAAUAUUAUGUUAUAUUAAGAAAAAAGUCAAUAAAAUACAUUUUCAUUUAGUUGUUGUGGCAAACAAA